CGGCGACCUGCCAGUCUGACGCCUAACCCAUCAGUUUCGUUAGCCGUGCUGUGGCAAGCCGCGCGCGUUCGAUCUAGCACACGUAGGGCGUAACCGGACCGGAACCCGCGAGCAACAGCGAGGACACGAGCGAGGAGCCAGGCCAGCCUCGGUGGAGGAGGCGGCUCUCCUCCCCCGGGCAGCCUGCAGCCGCAGCAGCAGCGAACGCGGCAGCCUAUAUAAAGCGCGGAGGCGCACGCAUGACACCAGAAGCUCGUGGACCCCCGGCGCUCUCGUGCGUCGCGCGUGCCCUGUCUCUCGCUCUCAGUCCGCCCCCGACCGACGAGCAGUCAGUGCAAGUGUCGCGAAUCGAUCUCGAGUGACGAGUGCUUGGCGCGCGUUUGCCAAGGAACUGCUUCUCGUGGAGCACGAGACCCCACCAGCAUCGCGACAUGCGCUGCGCCUUGCUGAUCCUCGUGGCGCUGCUCGAAGCCCGGGCACUGAGGACGGAGCGACUGGAGGAGCCAACCAAGGACAAGGGCGCUGCGACACAGCUGCAAGGCUGGGCCAGACUGACGCCUCCAGCUGCGCACGACGCCUUCGACGCGAGGACUUUCCGCUUGGACGCCGUUGAUCUCGAGGACGAACGCAACGAUUAUGAGUACCCGGACCAGCGGCUGAAGUCGAUCGACCAGUUGGACGAGCCACAACUGCAGCGCAUGGCCAAUUACUUGGUGAAGGUGCUGCAGCGGCCGGACGUCUACGAGGCCCCCGUGCUGCUCGCGAGGGAGCCCGUCGACGAGUUGGACGACAGCAGACCAUAUCCCUUGGAGCUGGACGAUCCGAGGAGCGUCACCAAGAGGACGCGCUACUACAGGCCAUACCCCUGGAAACGCCAGAAUUCAAGAAGCUACCAGUCGGAUUAUGAGCCGUACAACGCCUGCACCUUAACUCGGAAAGACGUGUUCAAUCUGCUGGUCGCGCUGCACGACGCCCGCCAAGGAAACAAGUCGCGAAUCGUUAAUUUCUGCAACCGAAAGCGACCCGCCAGUGCAAUAUACACGAACAUCCGAUUUCUCGGGCGGAGAAGAAAGUAAAUUCAUCUCGCGAUCAUCCACAGCUUCGCCCGCGGCUGAUGAAUGCCAAGUAGCAGCCCUGUCUCCCUUUACCCGUUACGAGCAUUUCACUCUGAUUAUCCAGUCGACUUUACUCUUUCAAGCAUUACACGUCAUUUUUAUUUAUAUUCUAUUCAAGCGCCAACCGCGGCUCAAUCAUAUUUCCAAUUAACACUUCUUUCGUUGCCAGUUCGAUAUUUAAUCAGACUGCGCUCAAUAUAUGCGUGCUUGUAUCAUUAAGAAUAUAUAUAUGUAUAAAAAACAGAUUCAUUUACCAUAUAUAUCUUAUUGUCUAUAUGUAAAUUAAAAAUAGUAAUCGUCUGUAAUAUAUAAAUGAUUGAG